CCAGGUUACCGAGCGCGUGCCCCGCGCCCGCUCUUCCGCCCGGGCCGCCCUCGGCGCCGCCUGAGCCGCGGUGCGGGCUGCGCGGGGCGCCGCUUCCGCGGAAGCCUGGGUCGGGCGCUGCGUGCGGGACUCUCGUCGCUCGUGGACGGGGCGCGAGCGCGCGGGGGACGUAGGACGCCGACCUGGGCCUCCCCGGCGCUCCGGCUCCGCUCAGGGCGCCCGCUCAGGGGCCUCCGGCGCGAGGCCCCCUAUGUGGUCAAGAUGGCGGCGCCCAGGCGGGCCGCGCCGAGGUGAGCUGGAGCCGGGCCCGGAGAGGGGCGAGUCUGCCACGCCCAGGACUUGGACCCCGGGCUGGUCUCCCGUCUCCCGGGGAGCGGCGGGGGUGUCCAGAGAAGGUAACUACUUUGCCCACGUCCUAAACUGGCUGCAGGUUCGUAGUUCCUGCUGUUUUUGGUGUCUGCCCCCAUGGCUAAGCUCCUGGCGCUCAGCUUUGGAUUUGGCCCCACCUCUGCGUGUAGGUCACCUGAGGGUGUGUUUUCUUCACCCAGGCAAUACAGGGUUAAAGGAGCAGCUGCUUCGGGGGCUCUGGCUCACUCAGGCCGGGGGGAGGGUGGGGUAUGGAGUGCGGGGCGAGCCUGCCGCAGCAGAGGCCAGCGUGAUGUUGCACCAGCCUGAGGCGUGCCGUGCGUUCUCCCGCGGAAGUUGUCCCUGGAAUUCGGGACCCUGGCAAUGGUGGGCUGCAAAGGCUCCCAGGAGGGGAAGUGUGGACAGUGGCUUGUGCUUUCACACAGGAUUCUUGGUGGCUGCAGCAGCAGCCUUAGCAUCUUAUGCCUGUCUCUGGGGUCCGCGCUGAUAGCCGCGGCUCGCACCUGUCUCUGGGGCUCGUUUCGGCAGUGCUUUAUUAAUCCCCGCUCCUUGCGCACCCCGAAACAGUGGUGUCUUACCUCUUAGGCAGAUCCAGACAUUUUCCUGGACUCCCUCCCAGCUAGCUGUGGCACACUAGCCCCCUUCAGGCUGUGUUCACGCAGCCAACCCCAGUCCUCUCCCUGGGACCUCACCUCUGAAGCCCGAGCCUCAGCUCCCAGCCCCCACCUGCCCUGGCAGGUGAGCAGAGAAACCUCUGAGGCUGGUGAGUGCUGGUCGGCACCGAUCUGUGCGGGAUGCUCUCUGCUUUGCCCUUCACACCCCUGUUGCUGUGCUCUCCUCCGUGUCUCCAAAGCUCCCCCCACCUCCCCCAAUGCUCCCUGUCUCUACCAGUGAAGGGGCUUCAUAGUGUGUGGAAACUUUUCCUCCUUCACAGCUCCCUCCCAGAGGUGCAGGUCCCAUCCGUAUUCUUUUGUCUCUGUUUUUUCUUUUGCCCUACCCAAGUACGUGGGGAGUUUCUUGCCUUUUGCGAAGUCUGAGGUCUUCUGCCAGCGUUCAGUAGGUGUUCUGUAGUUGUUCCGCUUGUAGAUGUAUUUCUGAUGUAUUUGUGGGGAGGAAGGUGAUCUCCACGUCUCACUCCUCUGCCAUCUUGAAGGUUCAUUCAUAUUUUAAAUACUCUUCAGAGCACAAUUUUUAAACUUUUAUUUCUCUAAACAUAAUUAUUUAAUAAUUAAGAGGUGUCAAAAUAUUACAGUUGGUUUUUCUUGUCAUUCUGUUUGUUUGUUUGAUCCCAUAUUGUAUCUUGGAGAUUUGGGGGCAACUUACAUUCUGUAGUAGUAUACAGUAUAUAUGCACAGUGUUUUAAAAAUCUGAUGUAUAAAUAUUGAGUUUUACUGUCACCUAGAUGGCAGAUAUGUAAAAAAUAAAUUCAUUAAAAUAUU